AUGCACACUCUCCACAGCGUCUCGCCGAAUGCACCUCCGCACACAUUCCUGCGAAUACCUGACGUCGAUGCCUGGCAACUCGGACUAUACGAGCGACUGAUGGUGGUACAGCGGGAAUUCCCGACGUUUGGAGAGGGGCCUGAACACCUGCUCACCCUCUGCGAGAUCCGGAUGUCAUAUUCUUGGACCAGUAUUCACUCCAUAACCUUGAGCGCCAUCAUCAUACUGUACUGCACUUGGAUGGUCCGAGGGCUCACGAACAGCACUGAGAUCGAUACUCUGGCAGGGACCAUGUCGACAGCGUCCAAUCUACUCAGUGCCGCUGGAGAGCACUGGGUAGACGCGCGACGCUGUCGGGACUCGCUUGACAACCUGACUGCCGCUACGGUCUGGUGGCUGAUCAACCUGCGCUCAAGUCUGACACUCUCGCGAGCCAGAAUUGCCACUGAUGGCGGACCCCACUCGGACUCGUUUUCACAUGCGCCCACCGCCGUCGAGAACACCGUUACCGACCACCACUACCCACAACAACAACAACUCUUUGCUGGCAGUGCCGAGAGGCUAGAUGGGCGGCCAUUCACUUCGACUCUGCCGUGGGUUGAUACGUACAUUAACGGAGAGGACUUGGCAACGCUCUUCCGGGCGCCGAACCCGCUUACGGCGGACCCCUCGCUCACAAUGGAAGGCAUGUUUACGAAGAAGUCUCUUGUGGCGCUGGAAGAGAACGCUAGCACGAGCAUCACUGUAGACGUGUUGCGCGACGUGGCUGCAAAGAACCACAUCGCAAUUCCCGAGCAUGAUAUAGAUGGCUACCUGGCGGUUCUACAAUCUGCAGAGCUGACUGCGGCGACAGUCGACGCCCUUCCCGACUACGUCGACGAGCGUCUCCUCCCGACGCCAACCUGCGGUGGCACUCGCGAGGCCUUUCACCCUCAAGACAACGACAUGAACGCGUGGAGCCACAAGACGAACCUGGUGGCGGUUAAUCCAUCCUCGCAUCGGCUCAAAGGCCGAAAGAUCCUGAUCAAGGACAACAUGUCCCUUGGGGGUGUUCCUUUCACAUGCGGCACAUUCCCCGAGUUGAACUCGGCGAGCUGCAACAACAGGCACCCGAUUUCCUCGAUUGACGCGACAGUCGUACAGCGGUUGCUCGAUCAAGGAGUCACGAUCGCGGGAACAGCGACAUGCGAGAACUAUUCACUGACACCCAUGUCCUACACGUCUGUCAACGGACCCGUACACAACCCCUGGCUACGGAACUACAACGCGGGAGGCAGCAGCAGUGGCGCGGCUUGCCUCUUGGGCCUGCGGCUGGCGAGGCAAGCGGGUGCUUCAGACCUUGAGCAUGCUGGUGAGGACAUCGAGAUGGCUCUUGGCGGUGACCAAGCUGGCUCAAUCCGGUGCCCGGCAGCGUACUGUGGCGUGUUUGGCAUGAAGCCCACACCGGCAUCGCCGGCCUGCACCCUAUGA